AUGCGCUCGUUGGUCCGUGGCGACGGGCUGCGUUGUGAUGAUGAGACUGAGGAUGCUUUUAGAGGUGAGCUACGACUACGGACACUACAGACUCUGCUGCUGGUGCUGCUUCUGACGCCCCCUCCCCGAAUUCUUCCAUGGAGCGGGAUUUCUGUUGGAGCGAUAGGAGGCCAGCACAAGCACAGCAGCAGUUCACAACACAGACCGCUUUCUGUCCCCUCUCUAGUCUCUGACGUGUCACCGCUUGCUUCCCCAAGCCCCGCCCAGCGCGCACAGGCCAGCACAGACGUCAGGAGAGCGCGAGCGAGUCCAGAUAACGGCAACUGUGCCACCCACCUACAUUCCAGCAGCAGCGGCGGCAGUCGGACCAGAACGACGACACGACCGUCACACCUGCAGAUGAUGCUGGUCACGCGAGUUUACCUCGCGCUCGCCCUCAUCCUCCUCAGUCCUCUCAGCCUGCUGCGACUCUCAUGGGUGCUGGGUAGUCCCCUGGUGAUGGACCACAACAGUAUCUGCCGGCGCGGUACGCGUCGUGCCGGGUUUCGCCACUGGGGGGAGCUGUGCCAGUCUCAGCCGGAGCUGGUGGCGGAGGUGGCCAAGGGGGUCCGCAUGGGCAUGAGGGAGUGCCAACAGCAGUUUAGACAUCACCGAUGGAACUGCUCCAACCACAGCAGGAGCCUGGCCAAGAUACUGCAGCAAGAUAUCCGUGAGGCUGCGUUCGUGUACGCCAUCACGGCGGCGGGUGUGGUCCAUGCGGUGACCCAGGCCUGCAGUAUGGGAGACCUGCUGCAGUGUGGCUGCCUCUCCUCCUCAGCAGCACGCAACCCCACCAGCGGCCACCAGGAGGCAGCAGAGGGGGAGGGGGAGGGGCCGUGGGAGUGGGGCGGGUGUGGUGACGAUGUGGAGUUUGGCCUCCAGAUCUCGCGCCAGUUCACCAGCUCCAGGAGGAGGCGGGGCAAGAGUGACAUCAGAACACUCAUAGACCUGCACAACAAUGAGGCCGGACGACUGGCGGUGCGCAGCUUCAUGCGUAUGGAGUGUAAGUGUCACGGCCUCUCGGGCUCCUGUACUCUUCGCAGCUGCUGGAGGAAGAUGCCCCUCUUCAGGGAGACAGGUGAUUGGCUACUUCAGCGCUUCCGGACCGCCCAGCAGGUGAUGGGCAGCAACGAUGGCAAAUCACUAAUCCCCGUCCGGCCCGAUGACCCGCCUCCCCGCGACCGCGGCCUCAACCGCAACCUCGACCUCGACCCCCAAGACCUCAUCUACUCCGCCGAGUCACCUGACUUCUGUCUGGCCAAUCGGAGGCUGGGAUCAGAGGGGACGAGGGGGCGGGUUUGUAACGGGACAACGUCGAUGGCGGGGGGUGAGGUGUUGUCGGCAACAGGAGGAGGCGCCGUCAUGGCAACGGGCGGGUGCGAGGCGCUGUGUUGUGGGAGAGGCUUCCAGCAACACACGCUGGUGUACGAGGAGAACUGUGUGUGCCGCUUCCACUGGUGCUGCGUGGUGCAGUGUCAACGGUGUCUCAUCAAGAAGGAAGUCACCCUGUGUCUCUCUGACCACCUGGGACGAAAUAGACUAGAAGGGAGCCCCCAAAUAUAA